UCGACAAAUAAGUUGUGAAUGUUUCGUAGUUCUUUUAUUUAUGUGUUCAAAGGCGCUUUUUAAUGAUUUUUCGGAAAUUGUUUAAACAUUAAUGAAGAGGAGGUUACAUACCCACAUUGUGAAGGUGUUUGCAACCAUGAAAAUGAAUUAGUGUUGGAAUAGACUUUGAUUUUCACAUCAGAACAUCACAAAAUUAUCUUAGACAAUCAUUAGUGAUUUAAUAUUUACAUUAUUAUUUACUCCUUCGUACAAAUGAAGCAAAAAACAGAUAUAAAUACAGGUAAUUUUAUUUCAGAUUUAAAUGGCAGCAUAUCCCAAAAAUGGAAGAGACUUAGAAAGUGUUGCGCUUCCCUUCGAGGUAGUAAUGUACACCAUACAGAAACAUCUAAAAAUACACUUCUCGAGUCAUCAUCACCUCAUAUUCUAGUCAGUACCCCUCACACUACUUCGUCAUUACGUAUACCAAACAGCACUAAAAGGAACAGCGUCCAAGAUGUACUUAGAGCAAAAUUGAGUCAAAUCCAUGUAGGUUUAAGAAAACGACGAGCGUUGUCAGUUCAAGAGUUUUCUCAUAGUCCUAACCAAGAAAAACCUACAACUUUUUACGUUCCGUCCCCUUAUCCAGAUACCACCAUUACGCAAAACCGUCGACCCCGGUCCCGUCAACGAGCUGUCAAUUCUCUCUCCUUCACUCCAACCCAGAGUAGGGAGUACAUAAAAUGUCAAAGCGGGGAAUGGGAUGACCUUCCUUACGAACCACCUCCCGAUUACGACGUGGAAGAAAAACUUCCUACCCGUAGAUGGUCUGUGGUGGCCUUCAGCAAGGGUGCAGAAAAAACAAAAGCAAAAAUAGAGAAUGUGAAUAUAAAAAUACCGAAGACUAAGCUGAAUAAACAGUAUGACCGGGCAAGGUCACAGUCACCCAGCUGGAAUAAAUCAGCCGCGAAUACGGUUGAUAGCGAGAAUAGACGAGUGGCCAACUCGAAAAGUCAUUAUGAACUCAUAGGUGCUAGGAAAAAACCGGAAGGCGGACGAGACCGCGGACGUGAGCAACAGGAAUCUAUAGAAGAGUCAGAAGAGGUAGAAGAAGAGGAAAGUAAAUUUUGUACUUUACCUCGAGGUGGCAACACUUUCACAAUACGACAAGUAAUUUUCCAAAAAGGUGCCGACUUUAAACCAUUAGGAUUUAGUAUUGUUGGAGGGAGGGAUUCCCCAAAGGGCAGUAUGGGCAUUUAUGUGAAAACAAUUUUCCCUAACGGCCAGGCAGCUGACAGUGGGACUUUGAAAGAGGGUGAUGAAAUUCUUGCAGUGAAUAGCAAACCUCUUCAUGGAUGUUCUCACAAAGAAGCAAUCAAUGUUUUCAAACAAAUUCGUCAAGGAUCUGUUCUCCUACAUAUAGGUCGAAGGUUAACCAAGAAACAUAGAGAUAAAACGUAUUAAUUUUGUUUUAUAGUAUAGGGCAUCAGUUUGUGUCAUUUGGAUAAUUUAUAUAAAAAUAACUUGAAUGUGCUUCAUAUGCAGAAAACUGGUAAGAGUUUAAUAAUUUCGUAGAUGGCUGAACUUGUCACUAUCAUUUACAAUGUCCUUUUAAAUUUAAUUUUUAUAAAUCACACAAUUAACAUUUUGUAAUCAAACGCAUAAGGAUGUCUGCCGAAGUCGAGCAGAAUGGUGCUAAUAAAUGAAAAAUACAAAUGAGACGCGCCAUCUGUCGGAAAGCAAUGGUAAACCAGCUAUAGUAGUCUUCCUUUGCAUAAGAAGAAUAAGAAAAUACUUACCAUUGGAGAUUCGACCAUUGACUAUUAUUCAAUAUAUUCUCGCUUUGUUUCCACACAGUUUGCAAAACUAAUGCUUUUAAGUCACUAUAAAAAUAUGAUGCAUCUUAGAGUCAAAAUGUUCGUACACUCUUUCAAUUUCAUCGUCGCUAUUAAAUCUUUUACACCUUAACUAGGCCUUCAGUUUUGCGAACAAAAAAUAGUCGGACGGGGCCCGAUCAGAGUAAUAUGGUGGGUGUUCAAUCUCUGUGAAGGUAUGCUCGUAUACAGUAGCCUUAGAAAGCGACUGAAUUACUUUCAUGAAGCAAGGGCACACCCCGGCUGAUUUUAUUGCACCUUUAUUCAAUAAUUUUUUGACGCAACUGCCUUAAUAAGCUAAGCCGCAUUCACGGGGAUUCCUUAAAGUCAAUUAAAGGGAUACCCUCACAACCUCAAAAUAUUCUAGCCAUCACUUGUUGGGUUCUUUUCGUGCCCUAUGUUUUUUUGGCAUGGACUUACCUUUCCGAUAUCACUCCAUAGAAUCUCUUUUAGAUCUUGGAUCAUAGUUUCAUCACCCGUUACAAUUGAUCGGAUUACACUUUUUUGGUCCUCGUGGCAAUGCUCUAAAAAUAACUCACAUUUUACUCGACGCUACGCCGAGAAUCCUAGGCACCCAAUUUGCACUAAUUUUUAUCAUAUUUAAAAGCCCAUGAAGGAUCCUUAGAACACUUAUUUUGGAAAUACCGGUCUGUACUGCAAUUUAUUUUGCUUUUAGGUGCCUGUCACUUUCAUUUUCUUCCAUUGUUGAAAAUGAUGGACACUAGUCACCAUAAACAUUGUGUUUUUAAUUUGUGUUGGAUUUAAUCCUUCUUUAUUACAGCUCGAAUCUCAAUUUGAGACUUUCCAAAACAACUUGACUGAGUGGUCGUUCCAGCUCUACUAUAAUUAAAUGGAUUGAAGAAGCAAGUUAAAAAUUUACGUGAAGCUUGUUGAGACUUAUUACUGACGUGUGCAUAAAGAAUAUUGCAAACGCAUUUUAUUUACUAUAUGCGGCCAAGAACUCAUGGAACUAACUCAAUACGUACAUAAAGGAAACUUUGAAAUUAAUUUUCACUGAAUUGAAUUAAAUUUGUUACAUAUAAUCUUAUUGAACAUGAUCAGCAUCAAAGUAAAGUGGCCCUCAGUUAUGUGAAGAUACUGGAUGUUUUUGAAAAUAGAGGAAAUCAGUUGCACAAAGUACUCACCCUCGUUUCACUUUUUCUCUAUAUGACCCUGUAUUUCAAUAUUGCAAUAUUUGUCCUCACAAGUCUUUCUCUAUUUAUUUCAGCCAGUUUAUCUCGUUUCUCCUCCUUGUUUUAUCGUUCAACCCGUUUCGCCAUCUCUAUAUCUAAUAUUUCAAGUUUCUUAAUCACAUUUUUUAUCAAUUUUCAUUACUCUCUGUAAGACUAUUUAGCAAAUGUGAUGAGUUUAUUAUUUUAAACUCCGUUUUCUACUUCUAAGCUAAUUUCUACAACCUUUUUUUUACAAUAUUCAUUGUUAUUCACAUAAGCAAUCACAUCCCAAAAAUUAAAUACUUCAAUGCCUAGCUGAAAGUUGCCCAUAAUGAGUUUUCUUUUUUUCACUGUGGAUUAUUUUGAUUGAUUUAUUAUUAUCAUACAGAUAUUUUCUCAUCUUUAAAACCUAUGAGGCAAAAAAUGUUUGUUUCAGUGAAAAAGAAUCUCAUUUUCGCAUCUUUCGAUAUGAUCAAAUGGAAGCAUUCUAGUUUUAAAUGACACAAGUUGAUGGAAUUUUUGAUGUAGUAAUUGUGCAGUAUUGAUAUAUUAGAUUCAAAAAUAAAUAUUUUCAGUAAAAUAUGCGAGAUAUAAUGGGAUUGUAAUCGUUUCAUUUGCGAACUUUGCAUUCAACUUAAAUUAGUAGUACUAGGUCCUUUCAUGUUGUCUAGGUAUUGAAUGGUUUAAAUGUAGUUACUUGCUUUGCUUUAUUAUUGCCUAUUAUUAUGUACUUAUGCACUACUCAUCUUAGAGCCGGUAUCAUUACCUAUCCGGUACAAAGUAUCAAAAGGAUUAGACUCGGUUCAAAUAAUAAACUUGCGCACUGUGUGGAAGUAUCUAAUGUCACAGCCUUCUGGAUGUCAGCAAAGAUGUUUUUUGGUAAUCCUAGUUUGGCGAUGCUAUCGUGCAGGGUAUUAUAUAUAUUUCUUUAAUUUCUCAUUGUCCAAUACAUAUUUGUAUAUUAAUUCCCAAUUUAAUAGUGAAAAAACUAAAUUUAUUGGCUCUUGUUAAAUUCAGCAGAUUCAAACCUAACACUUGAAUUCUUUGAACUUGCAUUUAAUUGAUGAUAAUUGGACAUAAAAGUGGCGUACAAUGUUAGAAGAACAUUUCCUUAUAACUUUCUUGGACCUCUGACUAGGUUAAUAGUAAUUUGAGGAUUGUGAUUUCAUUGUUUGUUUCAACAGUUACAGGAAAAAAAUUAUUGUGGCAUAUACUGUAAGCACCUACUGGAUUUAGGGGUUUGCGGUAUAUUAACGUAGUUUGGUAGGUACAUUCGCAGGAUACAACUCAACUCUGCCAUCGAUGGUAUGGGUAUUGGUACUUUUACUAUUGAUUAUAACAGGCGUGAAUGUCUCAAUACUGCAAACUUACCCAACAGAAUUUGUUAAACCGUAAAUAAGAACCAAAGAUACGUUAUCAGCUAUUGUGCUUAUGUAUUUUACGUUAUUUUCUGUUAUAUUCACAUUUUUUAUCGAUUAUAUAGUUAUGUAUUAUUCAAUAAUUCACCCAAAUCUAACAUCACUUUAUUAAUUAUAUUUGUUUAUAAUUACUCUUGUUGUUUGGCUUUAAAUAUGUGAUAAUGUGUAUAUUUACUCCAUAUUCAAAUAUCUUUAUAGUGGUUUUGAUUAUUUUAUACAAUAAAUUUUUUUUAC